AUGGCCGAAAUCUUUGGCAUCGCCACGGGCGCUUUGAGCGUAGCAGCACUGUUUAACAACUGUGUCGACACUUUUGAGUACAUCCAGCUCGGCCGCCAUUUCGGAGAGGACUACCAGAGAUACCAACUUAAACUCGACGUUGCGCAGACUCGCCUAGGCCGAUGGGGUGAGGCUAUUGGGAUCAACAGCGACAUACGCUUCGCAUCUGCCGCGCCGAGUGACAAGGCUGUAAAGGAUGCAUUAGGGAUCCUCGAAGAUAUUGCAGAUUGCUUCGAGUCUGCGCAAAAGAAAUCAAGAAGAUAUGCAGAGCGUGCUGAUAAAAAGGAGCUAAUGAUCCAUAAUAACAAUGAUAUGAACCUCAUAUUCCAACGGCUGCAUAGUCGUUCCAAGGACAUCGCUCGUCGGAGACAGAAAGGCAUAAGCUUUGUUAAGAAAGCUGCGUGGGCAUUAUAUGAUAAGAAAAGCCUCGAGAAUAUCGUUAACCAAAUUUCAUCCUGGGUUGACGAGCUGGAAAAGCUAUUUCCUACUGAGGCGUCUUACCAGAAGUCUAUCGAGAUUGAGAUUGAAGAGAUUCAUGACGAGCUGAGCCUUAAGGCUCUUAAGGACGCCGCCCGUGAUAUCGAUCCAGCCCUAGAACACGCGGUAGAGCGCAAGGUGGAUUCCAUCGAGGGAAAGAACUCUGCCAGGGACAUCACGAUGGAAGACAAGGCGAGAUUCCACGUUGGCAACGUAUUCUCAGAAGGAGUCCUCCAACACGAGAUCCUCGUCAAGGAUCAGACGAAAAACUCUGUAGAGACAAUUUCGGCGAAAAGCGAGACUCGGGUCCAAGUAGGGAAUGUUUACGGUGGUAAGGGGAUCUGGGAUGAUUAA